GGAUAUAGACGAGAGAAAAGGCGGUGGCAACCGGCAAUUCAAUAUCAGCAGUUUCUCGAUCAACCAUUCAUUUCUACUCAACCUUCACAUCUUCUUCUCUUAAAAAUAAAGUCAUGAUGAGAAAGGUACCUUCGUGGGCUGUCACAGCUCUCUCAUCACCACGAAAUAGUAUUUCCAGCCAAACAUCCCCAUCGUUCCGUUGCUUUCAUUGCUCCCCAAAGACAUGGGCCAUUGCUCACCCCAUCACCGCACAUGGACCGCCUCCUAGAGCUCCGAAGCCAGCACCUGAGUUCGGUGAGCGAGUGGAAAGACGCAAAAAACAGGAACAAUCGAUCCAAGAGGGACAGAAUACAAAUUCGCAGGCUUCGCAGGCGAAAUAUCCGCUCAAGAAGCGAUUUUGGAAGUAUGUAAAUGUGAAGGAGUCACCUGAUGGAUAUCAAGUGCUUUUAGAUACUCGUCCAGUUCGCAGCCCUAUGAAGACCGUCAUUACAAUCCCGAACUCCAAGCGCCACCUCGCCGAAGCUAUUGCUCUCGAAUGGGAUCUUCUAACCUCUGCGCAGCAAGCGCUGAAACACCAUUUAAUCCCGCUCACAUCCCUGACGACGCGUGCGACUGACAUUGUCCGAGAAGACGGCUUGGGCGAGGGGAGAAUCAGAAAGGAAAUCGUGACCACUGCGAUGCGCUAUCUACAAACAGACACCCUCUUAUGCUGGGUACCGGAAAAGAAGCUACAUGAUCCAGAUCCAGUCAACGGUGUACUGGAGAGUGAUACUGCUCAGCAAGAAAGCUUGCGCACUCGUCAAAUGAAAGCUGCACAAGAAGUCAUCGGCUUCCUCACCCAGACCAUAUGGCCUGGCGUUGAGAUUAAACCUGUUCUUGACGAGGAUAGCAUCAUUCCGACGUCGCAGAGCGAGUCUACGGUUAAUGUUAUCCGGGAAUGGAUUACUGCUCUCCCUCCCUAUGAGAUUGCAGGCCUGGAGAGAGCGAUUCUUGCCAGCAAGAGCUUGCUGGUUGCAGUGCGGUUAAUUGUCGAAUGGGGCGAGCAUUUUGGCGAUGUCCAACCUGCUCAGAAGACGAAGGCGUUUGGUGUCGAUGAGGCUGCUGAGGUAUCGAGUCUCGAGGUGACUUACCAGACGGAUAUGUGGGGAGAGGUCGAAGAUACGCAUGAUGUUGACCGAGAAGAUCUUCGGAGGCAACUCGGAAGUGUUAUUCUCCUGAUUAGUGGAGAUAGAAGGUAGUGCGAUAGCUAGAAGUAUUGUAAAUAUAUCUACAUAGAAUUAUAAUCGAGAAUAGCGCUGGUUAUUCUUAUUUUAUGGCGCUAAAAGCUGAAGUUUGAGAUAUAUAUAUGAUGGCGAGAUUGGGC